AGUCCAAAGAGUAUUUCGGCUCAUAUCUUGCAGUACCCUUGCUGUUCCUCGUUACAGUAUUGCCGGUGCAACGACUAUUUUCUAUUUGUUGCCACUAAUCUGGCAAAAUUUCGCCGAUCAGCUUUAGUCGUUCCUGCGGGUGGGAUCCUUCAGAACAGGUUUGUCUUGUACAGCAAGAUAAAUUGAAACUCAUAGAGGACUCCUGCCAGCAGAGGCCCGUUUUGGACUUCAACCAAGACCUACCGUGGGAGCCCAGCUGAUAUUUGCUAAAAGAACAAGUGUAUCAACUGGCCAUACUACUGCGUAUUUCGUAGCAUUGGUUAGUUUCCCAUUUUCCUUAUCAUUCCUUCAUUAACUCGUUAAAUCUCAUUGCUAUGGAUUCCGUGCAUAUUGGCGACAGGAUGAUGGUCGAUGUCAUCAAGUCGGGAACGAUCCUGCCAAAGGUCAUGGCCAACGAGGCCAACACCAGGAUGGAAGAGUCGAAAGACGAUGCCUUCUACUAUUGUGACAUUGGUGACAUGAUCAAGAAACACCAGAACUGGCUCAAACUCCUACCCCGCGUUGAACCGUUUUACGCGGUCAAGUGCAAUGAUGAUACUGCAGUGGUCCAGAUCCUCGCCAACAUCGGUACAAACUUUGACUGUGCUAGCAAGGGUGAGAUCAAGAAAGUUCUUGACCUCGGCGUGAGUCCUGAUCGCAUCAUCUAUGCAAACCCCUGCAAGCAACAGUCGCACAUUCAAUUUGCAGCCCGAAAUGGUGUUGCCAUGAUGACCUUCGACAAUAUGGACGAACUCCACAAAGUCAAGAACUGCUAUCCUAAUGCAAAGCUUGUCCUUCGCAUUCUGCCUGGAGAGUUCAAGUCGCAGUGCCAGCUCGGUUGUAAAUUUGGAUGUCAUCCCAACCAUGCUCUGAAACUUCUGAAGAAGGCCAAGGAGUUGGACCUUAACGUCAUGGGCAUCAGUUUCCACGUGGGCAGUGGUUGUAUGGAACCAGAAGCGUUCCCCGCCGCUAUCAGGCUGGCCAGGGAAGUGUUUGAUACCGCUGUCAACCUCGGCUUCAGUAUGGAAAUGCUCGACAUUGGAGGAGGAUACCCGGGUGAUAACCUUGGUCCAGUCUCAUUCAAAGAGAUAUGCGAGGGCAUUAAUACAUCCCUUGACCAGUCCUUCCCGCCUGAAAGUGGUAUCAGGAUCAUCGCCGAACCUGGUCGCUACUACAUCGCCUCAGCCUGUACCCUGGCUGUGAAUGUCAUCUCCAAGAGGACUGUGUCCAGGGACAAUCAAGACCUCAAGGACCCUGAUGAUGAAGAUGCAGUCUGCAACUCUCUUCCACCCUCCAAGAAUGAAGAGCCAGCGUUCAUGUAUUACGUGAAUGAUGGCGUGUACGGUUCCUUCAACUGUCUCAUGUUUGACCACGCCUCCGUCACGCCCACCCUCAUGAAUGACAGGAGCUGCGAGCACGAAUACUCGAGCAGCAUCUGGGGUCCGACAUGUGAUGGCAUCGAUUGCAUCAGCAACCAUUCCCUGCUCCCGGAGCUUGAGGUCGGCGACUGGAUCGUGUUUGAGAAUAUGGGGGCUUACACUAUGGCUGCUGCUUCCUGUUUCAAUGGCAUGAGCAAGCCAACUGGCCACUAUGUCAUCAGAGAGGAAAUGCUGAAAUACCUUCCCGUUCUUCCGUACCCACAUCAUGUGACCAGCUGUCGUCAGGAGGAGACCAAGAAGACCCAGUAUGGAUCGCCGUCUGCUUUCAAGUAUGGAUCGCCAUCCAAGGAGUUCUAUUUCAAGGAGCUGCUUCCAGUUGGUGUAGGCAUUGGGCAUUAGCAUGUUUCACCUUCAAUAUAUAUCCGUUAAUGUGCUGUAAUUUUCUGGUAUUAGCAACAGUUUCUGGGCCUUGUUUUGCAGACCUGCACUAUCUGCUAACAGUGGUUUGGUGGUCGUUAAACCACCAUCAUCUUAGCAUGCCACCACCUUUGCUCCAUAAGGCAUAGCUGCCACUAUGUCACCACUGAGUUAUAGGGAUUAAGGGCAGUUGAGUAACGGCCAUUAAAACUUAGGGGUCACUAACAAUUGAGUAACCGGGCCUAGGACUAUUGUUAAGCACUAGAAAGUUGCACCACAGUCUUAUUUAGAAUUUUUUGUGUAUUUUUUGCCUUGUUACGCUUGUAAUUCUUUGAUGAUAUUUGUGUGUAUUUCUGUAAUACAUUCUUCAGCAAAACCAUAGAGUGAUAUUUUCUUGGGCACUAGAACCCAAAGCCAAUUCAAAGAGAAUGUACCAAAGAUCAUGUUAACCCCUCUCCUUGCAUUCAGUUUUUAAUUGGGACCAACCAUUUGGAAGAUUGAAUGAAAAUUCACAACAAAUAUUUUCAAAUUGUAUACAGAAAUGACUGCCUUUCUUGCUCACAUCAUUCAACUUUCAGUUCUGUCUCAAAGAUACCUUGAAGCUCAUGUGGUGUGUUCUCUCUCCUGUCUUUUGACAUGCAUGUAUGAUAUUUGGUACUUUGCUUUUGAGCGAUCAAAGACCUAAACCCACCGAACUUGCUUUAAAAUAGAUGACAGACUGAUUUUUUAAACGGACAAUAUAGGUAGCAGCUAGGCAGGCAAGAUAAAGUUAUACGAAAUCGCCAACAGGGGUCUCUCACAUCUCACAGUACUUUGAAAUGAUUCAUGCUUGUAUGAGGAAUAUAUAUUUCGUGCUGAAUCUGACAUGACCUAGGGCCCUUUCUGUGUAUAUUAGUCGCCUGAAGAUGGCCAGAUUAGCCCCUCUGCUCCUGCCUAUAGUUCCCUUUAAGUGUAACCUGUCGUGGUCUUGUUAGAUGACAUCACAUCACUAGUUUGUUCUCCAAAACAAAUUACGAUAUUUAUUUUAAGUAAUAGUGGUUAUGAGGUAUAACAUCAUACGUAAUUGCUUUGUUUGUGCGUUGAUGGUUAUGGUUAAAUAUGUAAGUCAGUUAUGCAUUUAUCAUAUCUUUUUUCCAAGCUACCAAUUCUGUAAAUUAUUAAAGCUUUGCAAAUUUUUUACUUUCACAGAUUUCACGAAUACAUGUAGUCCAAUGAAAAUUAAAAUUACCAAAAAAAAAUUUUUUAAGUUCAAAUUUUUUUUUCAUUAAUUUUUGUGAAUGGCAAAAAUAUAAACAUCAAACGUUUUAAGUCCGUAAUAAUCAUUGCAGACCCUAAAAAGUGCAGAUUGGUGGCCUGGGUACUGAGGCUUUAUAUUUGUGGUUUCUGGUUUUGGUCAUCCUCUCUUCAGGUAAUCAAUCGGCUUUACCAUCGGAGUCUUGCUGUAUUCUUGUUUAUCUUGUCAGUCAUAAAUAUAUUGCUAAUCUAUUAAGU